AUGAGCGCAGAUAAUCAAGUCCACCGGGUGUCGCAGCUUUCUCUGGACCCUCGCACCCUACCUGAUCGAAGUAAUACCAGUCCCAUAUGGCAGGCGGCCAUUGACCGGUACUACGACGAACUCAGGAAGGGCGGGGUCAGGGCUCCUGCGAUUGAUCAAGACGUCUGGGGCAUUCAUAGCCCGGAUGACCUCCUUCAACAAAUUCACGACGUUGCCCCCGCAGAUUCUCAAGCGCUGGGGACAUGGAAAAGAUUCUUGCGUCGGCUCGAGCCAAUACUCUUUAGCCUGAACGAUUUCGCCGCCGUUCUGACGCUGGCUCUAGGGUUGAACGGUCAGGUUGCUGCUAUUAUAUGGGGUUCUAUCAGUCUUAUUAUGAAGGUAGAGAAUAACAGUUCAUCCGAAGCACCUUACUGA